UGCGCCGCGGCGCGCUCGAGCUCUGGGGCCGAUAUGGGCGCCGCCGCGUGGGCGCUGCCGCCCCUGCCGCCGUGUGUGUCUCUCCUGCUGCUGCUCCUGCCGCUCCCGGGGCUGCCCGCAGGCUCCUGGGACCCGGCCGGUUACCUGCUCUACUGUCCCUGUAUGGGGCGCUUCGGCAACCAGGCUGACCACUUCUUGGGUUCUCUGGCAUUUGCAAAGCUGCUAAACCGCACCUUGGCUAUACCUCCCUGGAUCGAGUACCAGCAUCACAAACCUCCCUUCACCAAUCUUCAUGUGUCCUACCAGAAGUACUUCAAACUGGAGUCCCUCCAGGCCUACCAUCGGGUCAUCAGCUUGGAGGACUUUAUGGAGAGGCUGGCACCCACCCACUGGCCCCCAGAGAAGCGGGUGGCAUACUGCUUUGAGGUGGCAGCCCAGCGAAGCCCUGAUAAGAAGACGUGCCCCAUGAAGGAAGGAAACCCCUUUGGCCCAUUCUGGGAUCAGUUUCAUGUGAGUUUCAAUAAGUCGGAGCUUUUUACAGGCAUUUCCUUCAGCGCUUCCUACAAAGAACAAUGGAUCCAGAGAUUUUCUCCAAAGGAGCAUCCGGUGCUCGCCCUGCCAGGGGCUCCAGCCCAGUUCCCUGUCCUAGAGGAGCACAGGCCGCUACAGAAGUACAUGGUGUGGUCAGAUGAGAUGGUGAGGAUGGGAGAGGCCCAGAUCCACGCCCACCUCACCCGACCCUAUGUGGGCAUCCAUCUGCGCAUUGGCUCCGACUGGAGGAAUGCCUGUGCCAUGCUGAAGGACGGAACUGCGGGCUCACACUUCAUGGCCUCUCCGCAGUGUGUGGGCUACAGCCGCAGCACGGCAGCGCCACUCACCAUGACCAUGUGCCUGCCUGACCUGAAGGAGAUCCAGCGGGCUGUGAAGCUCUGGGUGAGGGCUCUGGACGCCCGGUCAGUCUACGUUGCCACCGAUUCCGAGAGUUACGUGCCUGAGCUCCAACAGCUCUUCCAAGGGCAGGUGAAGGUGGUAAGCCUGAAACCCGAGGUGGCCCAGGUCGACCUGUACAUCCUUGGCCAAGCCCACCACUUCAUUGGCAACUGUGUCUCUUCUUUCACCGCCUUUGUGAAGCGGGAGCGGGACCUCCAGGGGAGGCCGUCCUCUUUCUUUGGCAUGGACAGGCCCCCUCAGCUGCGAGACGAGUUCUGAUCCUGUUUGGAGCAUUUCACCAGGCUGAGCUGAGCUCUCCAGCUAGGCCCGGCAGCCAGAGGUGCUUCCCAGAUUACAGGCUCCUCUCUCGGCUGCUAGAGAUGGGGGAAAGUGCCGGGGACUUCCUAGAGGGGAGAGAUGUGCCUUCUCCAAUGCAGAGGAUUCCAGGCUCUUGGGGGCUAGAGCGUCUCCCCGUCCACGUGCUUCCUGCGCUCUCUCCAGGGACUUGCUCUCAUCAGCAAGCAGCCUGGCCUCUUCUGUCAGUCUUUCCUGCUCUGAGCAGCCUGGGAUGCUGAACUCUCCAAAGAGAUUUU